CGAGUGACGCUCUCAGUAGUUUCACUGGCCAGUUGCCAGGUGGAAGUUGGUGGUAUUUUUCCGUUUCCUUUCUCCCACUUUCUGUUCCUUCCUUCCCAUCCAUUAAUCCCUCCUGGGGCUGGACGAGAGAGAGAGAGAGAGAGGCGACUUUUGUGUGAUUAUGGCAAAGACCCCAAAGACUAUGGUGGAAUUAAUUGAUGAGACUGCCGAUGAGGAGGAGGAGGACGAGGAAAUCCCAGAGGAGGAAAUUGCAUCAGUGGCAACAUCGGAAAAAUCAUCAAAUCUCUCCGUCCAGGAAGUCAGUGAACCACAACACAAUGCAGAAACCACUGGACAGAGUGUCAAGCAGAGUCGCGAGGAAAAUCUCGUGGAUUCACAGAAGGAUUAUGAUGAGGAAACCUUUGAGUAUGAGUCAAAUUUUGAGGUGGAAAUCCAAAGCAAUGUGCCCGAGGGAGUUCACCUUUUCAACGUCAGCCUCCUCCAUUCUGCCCUCGAUGACAUUUCCCUGCCGCCCAUGCGACGGAGACCUUUCAAGAAUGGCACAAGACAGAGUUUGACCUUCACAAAUGACCAAAUGUGGGAGAUUGAGAGGCAAAACCGCCUCCUCAUGGAGAGAAUCUUUCGCCCAGCCGGAUCAAGUCGCUGCUCUCUCAGGCAAAGUGACUUUCAGCCAAAUUCAAGGACUUCAAGUGCAGCAAUCAAUAGGAAGAAGCGCGAACGCCAAAUACAGCUGGAUAAUCAAGUUUUGUGCAGAAAACUCCAAGCGAUCAAAUCACGACGACCAAAGUAACUCUGCAAGCACUCUUCUUUUUUAGUAUAAUAUAAACCAAAAUUGACACAUAUCAGUAAGCACAGACUUUUGAAACAUUGAUUGAAAUGAGUGGAUCAAUAAAUAAGAUGUAUGAGAAGAUAUUUGUGACUAUGAGUUGAAGGAAUUUUAAAGUAUUUUGUGGGAAAAUAUACAAAACUAGC